ACAGUGAAACGAACUGAUUUUAAAUUUUGAGUUGUGACAUAACGAUUUUCAAGUGCAGCUUUAAAACCGAAAAACAAGCUGGGUAGUCCGUUUCUAAACUCCACACCUGCGGGUGGCAGCAGCAGCAAUCCCUCACCUCCGGCCACCAUCACCGCCGCCGCAUCGACCACAAAGCUAGCGCAGACCUUUCAACUCUCCGCCAAUUCCGCAUUCAAUCUCGCCCUGCCGCCGAGUUUCUAUCGUCUGCCCACUGAAGAUUUCUCACCAACGGUCGACUUCUCGCAUUCGCCACACACUGAAUCAGAAAUGGAUCUGAUAAAUCCGUAUAUGAGACACCAUACCUUCGCCGCCGCCACCCAGGGAAGUCCGCCGUCAGCAGCGCAGAGACACCAUCUUGCUGCAGCGGCAGCGGCUGGCCUGAGCAACGGAUUCGCCGAUGUCCAUGCUCAUGCCAUGGCGACAGCAGAUUACCAGCAACAGUUGGCAGACUAUCACAGCGCGGCAGCGCAGGCUGCGGUUGCCUACAAUAACAACAACAGCAGUCCUUUGAUGCUGCUAAAAGCGGCACAGACGCAGGCUGGAGCCACUAUUGGCAAGCCAUCCUCUGCAGAAGAUUCUCCUUCGACUACCCCACCACCAACUUCGUCGCGUCUUCAUUCGGAAUCUUCCCCUUCCCCACGGUAUGAACACAACUCCAGUCCUGGUGUGGAUAGUGCAAAAUCGUUUGCCCUCAGUCAACGCAGCAGCGGCGGGGAAGAGCCUUGUCAGAACAGUGAAUCCACGAGCCCACCACCACCGGAUUUCAGUCCCGAGAACUUGACAAGUCGCAAUAGCAGCAAAUUUCAUCAUCCACAUGCCAAUCCUCAUCUAUCCAUCAAUAUCAACAAUAAUAAUAAUAACAAUAAUAACAGUAUGGAUCAUAAGCUUCCACUAAGUUUUCUGGGUCCACCAUUGGCUGCGUUGCAUUCUAUGACCACAGAAAUGAAGUCUACUCAAGGUGGGCCUGUAGUUAACGGUGCAGGAUUAAGCGUAGGUGUCUCAGGUGUUGGUGGUUCAUCCACAGGAAAUACCAUGUCCUAUGCCCACAGUCCAAAUUCACACUUAAUAAGUGAGCGCGGCGGUAGCGGAGGAAACUCAUCGACAUCGACUACAACAAAUAGCCAAGGGGCGGCCAAUCCACACGGCAUCGACACCAUACUUUCAAAACCACCGCCGGCCACAUCAGCGGGUCUAAGUGCUUUAACGGGAGCAGGAAUCCCUCGCUUUUCAAUUGCCGCCGCUGCAGCGGGCAUGGCCCAGUAUCUAUCCCAAAGUCAAGGGGCUCCACUCAAGACCCAUGCCGGACAUAUAGUGGAUCGUACGCAUCUUUAUUGGCCCGGUUUACAGGGCCUGGUGGCCAAUCCCAUAGCGUGGCGCGAACGUCUCUCCAAUACAAUGUCCGCCAAUUUAUCGCAAUCGCAUCAGCAUCAUCCUUCCAAUGACAAGGAUGGCAAGAAGAAGCACACUCGUCCCACAUUCAGUGGGCAGCAGAUAUUCGCUUUAGAGAAGACUUUUGAACAAACCAAAUAUCUGGCCGGGCCAGAACGGGCCAAGCUCGCUUAUGCCUUAGGAAUGUCCGAAUCUCAGGUUAAGGUUUGGUUUCAGAAUCGUCGCACCAAAUGGCGCAAACGUCAUGCGGCCGAAAUGGCCACAGCGAAGCGGAAACAGGACGACAUGGGUGGCGAUAACGAUGGCGAUUGCAGCGAGACCAUGGACAGCGAUAAUGAGAGUCUCGACAUGGGCGAAACUCCAGCUCAAAGUAAACGAUGUCGCAGUAGCGGUUCCUCCAAUCAGGAUAAUUAUCGUCAUUGAAACGAAUUUACACAAUGCUUGGAAUGAAAUAUAAUAAGAAUAGAAAACAAAAUCA